CACGACGAUGACAGCGCCACUGGUGCUCCCGUGAAUUACAAAGGGGAGAGUGGUGGGCGAUUUUGGAACUAGUGUUCUCAAAGUUUACGUCAGCCCUCUCAUAUUGUGAUUUCCAGACGUCAAACGAAAAGAUUUCCUCACAGAGACGAAAUAUUGAUAAUGUCAGGAGAGAAUUUCCAUUGAGACUUAUUUUAUCAAAUUUCAACACGAAGACUGCAGCCACACACAGGGAGAGUGCAUGUCUGAUAAAGACACGGAGGAGCAUUUCAAUUUCCUCUCAUAACAGAAGAAAAAACACACAUGACCAUAUCCAGGGGUGUCGGCGGCCAACAGCAGGGUGGUGGUGGCAGCGGCGGUGGACAGAUCGAGAUGUCCGCAGACAAUCAAAACACUGCCAGCACGGACAUCAAUUUGGAUACACAGCCUGGCUUCAGUGAAAGCAUGGAGGAUGAGAUGGGCGAACCACCUUUUCCACAUGCCAAGCUUGCCAUGCUUGAGGACAAAGUCUCGAGUCCUCGUUGGGUGGUGCCAGUGCUGCCGGAGCAGGAGUUAGAGUGCUUGCUUUUGGCAUCAAUCGACCUCUGCCAAAAAGGCAUUGAUGUCCGGUCUGAAGCAUGUCAGCGCUUCUUCCGCGAGGGACUAACAAUUUCCUUCACCAAAAUCCUCACAGACGAGGCUGUCAACUCUUGGAAGUACAACAUACACCACUGCAUACAGCAAAACUGCGAGAGACUUGUAGAGCUGUGUGUCCUGAAGUUGCCUCAUGAUUGGUUUCCUUUGCUAGAUUUGUUAGCCAUCGUCUUCAACCCCAACAACAAAUUUCAUGCUUUCAAUGGUGGUCGGCAGUCAGAGACAGUCCCGUCGGGCAGCCCAAUGCAGGAUGACGAAUUGUUUGCCAGACCCUUGCCAGAUCUGAGAGCCCCGAAAGGGUGGCUAGCUGACUUAAUAAACAAGUUUGGCAAGUUGGGAGGGUUCCAAGCUCUUUUGGAAAGAUUUCAGACUGGCCAAGGAUUAACAGUGCCUGUGAUUCAUGCCCUUUUGCGCCCUUUUGGUCUCUGUUACGAGUUCCUCACAGUCCAUACUGUCACAACUUAUAUCAUGCCUAUUAUGGAAGUGGUGCCUGCAUUACUUGACCAAUUGACGGAUGAUGAGCUUAAGAAGGAGGCAAAGAAUGAUGCAAUUUCUGCUAUUCUGAAAGCUUGCAAAUGUCUGGUGUCCAGAGUGCCUCGUCAAGAGGAGACUCUCAAAGAUUUGGAAAUAUUUAGGCUGAAAAUGAUCCUCAGACUGCUGCAAAUUUCAUCAUUCAACGGCAAAAUGAAUGCUCUCAAUGAAGUUAACAAAGUUAUCACAAGUGUUUCUUAUUACCCUCACGCUCAUCGAGGUCCAGAUGACGAAGAAUGGCUCACUGCUGAAAGAAUGGCUAAAUGGCUUAAAGAACACAAAGUUCUACAGAUAGUUCUCAGGGACUCGUUGCAUCAGCCGCAGUAUGUGGAAAAGUUAGAGAAAAUCUUGCGAUUCGUCAUCAAGGAGAAGGCACUGACCCUGGAAGACCUGGAUAACAUUUGGGCUGCGCAGGCUGGAAAACACGAAGCCAUAGUGAAAAACUUGCACGAUCUCUUAGCCAAAUUGGCUUGGGAUUUCUCCCCAGAGCAAUUAGAUCACCUGUUUGAGUGCUUUCAAUCGUCAUGGACUAAUGCCAACAAAAAGCAAAGGGAGAAACUGCUAGAACUGAUUCGUAGACUGGCUGAAGACGACAAGGGUGGUGUCAUGGCUCAUAAAGUGUUAAUGCUGUUCUGGAACUUGGCUCAUUCAGAAGAUGUGCCUACCGAAAUCAUGGACCAAGCUUUAAAUGCCCAUGUCAAGAUUUUAGAUUAUAGUUGCUCUCAGGAACGAGAUGCUCAGAAAGCAGUGUGGCUGGACAAAUGUGUUGACGAGCUGAAAAGCGGAAAGUGGGUGUUACCAGCACUGAAGCAAAUUCGUGAAAUUUGCUGCUUGUACGAACCACCUCCAGCAAUGAAUCAUGGUGGGCAUGCCCAGAGGACAACUGGGGUGGGUCACAAUGUCUCCAGUCACCGUCAAGAAGUGAUAGAAAAAUUGCAAGACACACAUAGCUUAGUGGUCCUCGUGACCAACAACCUGGUAGAUUAUAUGGACUUUGUUCGCAGUCUUCUAGUCGACAAUCCAAAAUUAGAUCCAGUCCAAUAUUUCCCAGACGGCCGAUAUAAUCACCCACAGCAAAUUCAAGAGAGACUUAACUUUUUACGUUUUCUACUGAAGGAUGGGCAAUUAUGGUUGUGUGCAGAGCAAGCAAAACAAAUAUGGCAGACAUUAGCAGAAAGCGCUGCUUUUCCUUCUGACAGGGAGGCGUGUUUUAAGUGGUUUUCUAAAUUAAUGGGCGACGAGCCUGAUCUGGACCCUUCGUUUAACCGUCAAUUCUUUGAAAACAACGUUCUCCAACUUGACCCUGCCCUGCUCACGGAGAGUGGCAUGAGGUGUUUUGAGAGAUUCUUCAAGGCUGUUAACACAAGAGAGGGAAAACUGAAAGCUAAGCGUAGAAACUUCCUCAUGGAAGACGUUGAUCUGAUUGGGACCGACUACAUUUGGAAAGUUGUUACUAGUAGCGGGGAGGAGAUUGCACACAGAGCAAUUAAUUUAUUAAAGGAAGUGAACACUAAUUUGGGCCCCCAAUUGCAAGCCAACAUUCUGGCCUUUCACGAGAACUUCAUCUCGGAAUGCAUGGAUCGUCUGAGGGCGCACUUUGAUACUGUAUCGCUCCUUCGACGUGAUAUGGACUCUGGCAGUGAUGGUGUGCCUGGCUCUCCGGCCUCAAGGAGAGUAGAGGUUCUGGGAGAGGCAAACAAGCUUUGCAGAGUCAUGAACGUGCUUCACGAGUAUAUGUCGGAAUGUGACUGUGACUUUAUGGGUGAUAGGAAGAUCCUCCCUUUGAGACGGGCAUAUCGUGGAAAACACUUGGCAUUGCUAGUCCGUUUUGCUAAUCCUGGUAGACCAUUAGAUGAUGUAGAAGUGUCAACACAUGGAAACGAUACCCUAGGCGCUUUACGUAGGCAGGUUCUCCGACGCAUUAAAGCUUCUCCCACGUCAGUUAAACUGGACCUCUUCCUGAACGGGGAACUGCUGGAUACAGCAGAUGAUCGCAAGCUCUUGUCACACAUCCCCCUGAGAGACAAAACGGUAUUGAAUGGGAAGCUAUGUCAGCAGUCCUCAAACAUGCCCAGCAGCCCAGAUACCAGCUCAGAUUCUUCAACUUCGUCACCACAUCAUGCCGAGUUCCGUGCCUCAUCGGAAGCUGAGAACACCCUGCCUGGAGUGUUAAUGGCAAUACAAUCACAGUUUGCCCAGUUCUUCUUCCAACUGGCUGAUUUAGGCUCGGCUUUGGGCCAUUCGUCUCUAAGAGAAACAGCCCGCAGUAUACUCCAACUUAUGCCUGCUGAUACUCACACAAUCCAGCAACUACACCUGACCUUUUCGGUCAAUUCUACAGGUCACACACCAACAGAAGUCAAUGGAGAAGUGGUAUCUCCAACAACAGAGAAAUCCCCACCUACAAUGGACAGCCUGUUUUUCUCUUCUUCUCCAUCGCAGGCACUGUAUUAUUUGCAGGUCAUGUACUCAUUAAUGAUGCCUGCACAAGAUCCCUUGUCCGACAGAGCUUUUGAAUUUCAAGUUGCUGUCAUAAGGUCCGAGAAAGCUCAGAUCCUACUGGACAUGAUGAAGGACCCAAAUUUCCUGACUAACGCUGACUUGGCAACCAAGCGGCAAGCGUAUCUUCAAGUUUUGCGAAUCGCAAAGAUGAUCUUGACCAUAGUGGGACACGUCAUGGCCCACGUUCUAGACGACAACAGGAUUUCUGCCCAAAGUUUGCCGUCUCCUACGGCAAGUGAUGCUCCUUCAAUAGGCAACAUGACGGGAACAACGAUGAGGAGCAAAAUGGUUGCAGUUCUUCGGGCUGCCCUUCAGUCUGUGCCUCAUCAAAGUUCUGAGUACACAAUGAGACAGGUGGCCAAUAAACUGGCACAAGCUUUAGCUCAACAGAUGUUGCAAGGAACGGAGGUUGGAAAUGCUUUGUGGAAACUUCCUCAAUUUUCACAAGGAGCACUUUGGCGUCUGCCUGACAUUACAACCAUCAAGGCGACAAUGCGUCUAGCUUGGGCUGCUAGCUCGGGAAAUCUGCAACUUGUUCACGGCUCUCUCGAUCAGCUACAUGCCAAACAAAUGGAGAUUGCAUCAAUCCCCCAACAGACUGAUACACAAGGUGUAGGCUACGAUGACUUUAUGGUGUGCCGAGAGGCUUUGGAGACGCUAACAGUGGAAUUGAUGCUCCACCCUCACUGCAUUGAUGUUCUCAUCAGAGACAAAAACUGGCACACAUUUAUCAUUGAUUUGCUGCUUUUGAGCCCAAGCAGAGCCAUUCGAUUGGCUGCUAGUGAACAAUUUCUGUUGAUUUCUACGUGGUGCACAGGCAACCAACAACCGCUCCAGUUUUGUAUCACACUUCUCUUCACUGUCCUUAACACCACAGUGCUGGAGCACGCUGAUCAAUCACAUGAAUACUUCCAGCUUCUCUGCCGACUACUAAACUUUGCCUUUGUUUCCAACUGUCCUCUGCCCACUGCCGAGACUCUACUCAACAAUGAGAUAGCUUGGCUGAAGCAAGUCAGGGAAAAUGUGAAAGAAAGUGGAGACACCAAAUAUGACGAUGCAGUAUUAGAGGGACACCUGGGAUUAGCAAGGGAACUCUUCUCAUUUGUCAAGCCUGACAAGAAAUUCGAACUUGGCUGUAAAAGUGGCAACCUGAUUAAGGAAGUUGUUGAAGACUUUGUUUUUCCUGCCUCACAUUUGAUGGCGCAGCUUUGGCAAACUGGAGAUUUGCCAAUGGAAACAGCAGUGCCUGUCUGCCAGUCUCCCUCAACUGUGACUGCAGCGUUUGAGUUGCUUGUGUCACUCAGUGUUGGUUGUGUUCCAAACAUGAAGCUGCUGGUCAACAUGCUUACUGAAAUGUUUUACUCUGAACGCGAAGAGCCUCUGACUGAAUGGGAUUACAUGCCUCCCGUCGGCCCAAGACCAACUCAUGGUUUUGUGGGACUGAAAAAUGCAGGUGCUACGUGCUACAUGAACUCGGUUUUGCAGCAGUUGUACAUGGUAGAGAGCAUCAGAGUUGGUCUCUUGGCAGCCGAGGGAGCUGCGACUGACAUUAACGAAGAUUUCAGCGGAGAAGACAGAAUAGAAGGAGAAGGUUGCUUGGAAGCUGAAAAUGAUUCUGACAAAGGAGAUCUGGAGGAGUCUCGGAAGGAAUAUAACGUCAGCAUUUUAAAGCAAGUUCAGGCCAUUUUCGGCCACCUGGCUUAUAGCAAACUUCAGUUUUACGUUCCUAGAGGACUGUGGAAGCAUUUCAAGCUGCAAGGAGAACCUGUUAAUUUGAGAGAGCAGCAGGACGCUGUUGAAUUUUUCAUGAGUUUAGUUGAGAGUUUGGAUGAAGCUUUCAAGGCUCUGAGGCAAGAACAAGUCAUGAGCAAGGUUCUGGGUGGCUCAUUCUCAGAUCAGAAAAUCUGCAAAGGAUGUCCCCACCGCUACUCAAAGGAAGAGCCUUUCAGUGUGAUCUCUGUUGACAUCCGCAACCAUAGCAAUUUGGUUGACUCCCUCGAACAGUAUGUCAAAGGGGAGCUCUUGGAAGGCGCCGACGCUUAUCACUGUGAGAAGUGCAAUGCUAAGGUGGUGACUGUUAAAAGACUGUGCGUGAAGAAACUUCCUCCCAUCCUUGCUAUCCAAUUGAAGAGAUUUGAAUAUGAUUACGAGAGAGUCUGUGCCAUCAAAUUCAAUGAUUACUUUGAAUUUCCUCGAGACUUAGAUAUGGAACCUUACACUGUGAGCGGCCUAGCUAAACUUGAAGGAGAAGUGAUAGAAUGUGACUAUCCACCUGGAGACAGUAGUCAGCCUAGAGAAAUGUGCACCAAAUACCAGCUCUCAGGAAUUGUGGUCCAUUCUGGACAGGCCAGCGGAGGCCACUACUAUUCUUACAUACUCCACAGGCAAGCUGAUGGAACAGCUAAAUGGUACAAAUUCGAUGAUGGAGACGUCACCGAGUGCAAAAUGGACGAUCCUGAAGAAAUGAAGUCACAGUGCUUUGGUGGGGAAUACAUGGGAGAAGUGUUUGACCACAUGCUGAAGAGAAUGAGCUACCGGCGUCAGAAGCGCUGGUGGAAUGCUUACAUGCUGUUUUACACAAGACAAGACGUUGAAGUGGACAAUUUGACACGCAGCAUUAAUGAACUUUCCUUGUAUACCAAAAUGGGCAUGCUGAAAAUGCCUCAAGCGAUUGAACGCAGUGUGCGGCGUCAAAACAUCCAGUUCAUGCAUAACCGGAACCAAUUUUGCACAGAGUACUUCCAGUUCAUGCGGAAGUUGAUCACAUGCAACAGUCCACCACCCAACUUGAAUGAACAAAUGUCUCCUGAGAAUGAAGAUUUAAGUCUGCUCAGUGUGCAGCUGGCUGCUCGCUUCCUGUUUCACACAGGCUUCCACACCAAGAAAACACUUAGAGGUCCUGCCAUGGACUGGUAUGAUGCAAUCUGGGCUCAUCUGCGAUACUCGAAGAAAGUGCGCCACUGGUUUGCACACAAUGUUCUUUUCAAUCACCCUCACAGGUUUUCCGAGUAUCUGCUGAGUUGCCCAAGUCCUGAAGUGAGGUCUGCAUUUAUCAAAAUCAUCGUUGUCUUGGCACAUUGCUCUAAUCAGGACGGCCCUUGCCCAUCACCACUGAUCACAAGCGCCAGUAAUAUAAACUUUCAAUUUCAUGUGAAUGUUUUCUUACCUUACAAUCCAGCAACAGCAGGUCUAGUCGAUCCAAAUGCAUCACUCAGCGACCACCUCUUGCAUGCAGUGUUGCUGCUUCUUCAUAGGGAGGUGGCUGAUCAUGGACGGCAGCUACCACACUACUUCUCGCUUUUCCACAACUACGCCAUGCAAGGCUUGGUGGAAAGGUCGCAGUUGCUAAAGCUGAACGUACCAUACCUCUUUAUGUGUGUUGCUGUCGAUGAGGGUCCUGGACCUGCGAUCAAAUACCAAUACCCAGAGUUGACAAAGCUGCAUCAAGUGGUGUCACUUCUUAUCCGUUGCUGUGAUGUUUCCUUAAAGUGCUCGUCCUCACAACAGAAUAUGCCUGUUUUGCCAAACCCAUAUUACGAACCCCAGUGCCCUGACUAUCUAAUGCCAAUCCAAAGCCAAGUUUCUGAGCUCUUGUAUGGAAGAACUAGCUAUGUGAAGAAGUUGAUUGAAGACAAUACGCCCAGCGAAGACACAGUCAAACUUCUGCAAUUCUGCAGCUGGGAGAACCCCCACUUCUCGAGGAUAGUGCUGACGGAGCUGCUGUGGCAAGUGGCAUUUGCCUAUUGUCACGAGCUUCGUCACCACAUGGAACUUCUGCUGGCUGUGUUGCUAAUUGAGGACUCGUGGCAGUCGCAUCGAAUCCACAAUGCUCUCAAAGGAGUGCCUGAGGAACGAGAAGGCCUGUUUGAAACUAUCACCAGGUCAAAGGGCAACUAUCAGAAACGCGCGUACCAGUGCAUCAAACUGCUGGUUAGUCUGUUCUACAAGUGUCGCAACGCCAGUGCUCUUCUCACCACCAAUCCCGACAUCAAGAGACGCUGGGUGCAAGCUGUAGACUGGUUGCAGGAUGAGCUUGAGAGACGACCCUAUCCAACAAACUCGCAGUAUUCUUACAACUGGUCUCCGCCUGCACAGUCAAAUGACACCACCAACGGAUACUUCUUGGAAAGAUCAAAUUCGGCCCGGAAAACACUUGAGAAGGCUUUGGAACUCUGCCCAGAAAUGACAAACCAGGAACAAGAAUCAGAAGUCAUGUCAGAGGAGGGUGAAAGUUCACCGCCUGUGGCCGACGAGGCACCUGCAACACAAAGUGCAGUUGUGCACCCUGCGCGGAACAUAAUGGCGAUUCCAGGAAAUAUUCCUGGAGCUCCCCCCUUGGUCCUGGGCAUGCAAGCUUUCACACCAAACAAACUCGACUCUUGCAAGUGGUCCGUAAACAAGACGCCUACAGCCUUCUGCUUAGCGGACGUCGAAGUGAAUGAGGUCAGCACCAUCAGGAAAAAGGCGAAGGCGAAGAAUGAGCAGGGUGAAGAGAUUGAGACAAACACGUCAAACACUACUAACACACCCCAGCAAAGUCCCGUUAUGGCCAGGGAAGUGGAAGUGCCCCUUGAGACGACCACCCUAUUGCCAUCACCGACAACAAAUUUGCAGCAGGUUGUUGAAAUUUCUCCACCAAGUCUGCCUGCAGUGGAUACAGUCGUCGCUCCCCAAAGCCCAACAAUUGAGAUAACUCUAAGCGAGCCAGAAGCAAUGCCGCCUCCCGGAUAAUCGAGGACCGUGGCUUGAGUGAUGCAAUAAGGUGUUACUUUCUAGUUGAAGUGGGCAGGAGUUAAUUUUGAUUCUGUCUGUCACCGUUGUUGCUGCUGCCAAGUGACUGUAUGUAGUAUGAAUGAGUGCCACGUACGCUUCACUGUCUCAGUCUUGAUUGCCAAAGAUGGACCCUUUUGUUACAGACACAAACAAACGUAGUUUAUUUAUUAACGGUACAUACUUCUCUUUCUCCUGCUGGAUACACUGCGCUAUAAUUAUUACAAAACAGCAACUACUACUAUUGUUGUUGGACGAUUCUCAACUAGCAUUUCAUGUGGAAUGGAUUCAUGGAAGGGAAAAAAUCACUUAGAAAAUCAGUCAAUGCAAACGGUUUGCUUUCCACCUUGCUUUUUUCAUUAGACGUUGUGUAUUUUUGAUUAGUACAUGAGUGAUAAUUUGCUCAAUUUUCCCCCUGCUAUCCAAUUUAUUUGUAAUUAUUUGCGAUCUGUUGUUGAAAAUGAUGGUAAUUAAUAAUUAAUUGAGAAAAGUAUGUACAUUCUAUUGAGCUCGUGAAAGUGUACAGUGUUUUUUUUUUUCUUUGGGAGGUGUUUACUUCUUUGUCGUGGACUCCAGACAAGCCUCAAGAAUUUAUUUUUGUUAAAUUCGAGGCUUCUUAUUGCAGUCAUUUGCUAUGAAAGGGUUAACAACUAACUGCAAAUUUGAUGAAAGCUGUCGUGGAAUCGCAAGCAUAUAAUUUGUGUAUAACUGUCUUUUUGUAUUUUGACACAUGCUUGCGAUCAACAGUUGAUCUGUUGUUUUUCAGAAAAAUAUUAAGUAAUGGAUAAUCUAAUCAAUUUUAGCUUGUACAUAAAGCCAAACAAAACUGCAAAAUAAAACUAAUAAUAUUUCAAGUCUA